AAAAAACAGAUCUAGAAUGGCUGUGUGAAGGAAAGCGCGCAAUGUCCAUGUAACGUAAUUUAAUUGUGCAUAUAAAAUGUAAUAUAUUCUUUCUUUAUAUUUACCAAAUGCGGCAGUGUGAAUUAUUUCACCAGUGUUUGAAUUAGAAUUUCUUUCAGAACAUAAUGGAGUAAUCUCGGCCACCUGGAAGAUAGAAAAGGGAGAUUUCUUCCGUUCAUUCUCAAGAAAUUUUUCCUCAAUGAAGACUGGGAUUAAAGACGUAAGAGACGGAAGGGGUACUGCAAACACAGAAAAGCAGAAGCUCUGUAUUCCUCCACUGCCAUACAGAGACGUUCACGAGGACAAACAUAAAACUGCUUUUUCACCAAUAGAAAUAAAACCAGCUUUCCUUCUGCGCGAUUGCUACGACAAAGGGUUGAAUAAUCCUGCGUACUAUGAUCCAUCCGAAGCUCGAAAAAUUGGAAGAAUGGAGUGCCAAAGAAAGAAGUUUUCAUCCACCGGUCUCCCAGACGAAUCGAGUGGCGCGAAACUGACAAAGGUUCCAGGUCUUAACAUAUGGAGACUAGAGUUUAAAAAAUCAUGUCCAAAUGUUUCGAAGAAAUCUUCAGCAUCUUGGUAUCGUCUAGCAACAACACUGGCUAUGAUUGCUAUUCUGGCAUUGCUUGUUGGUGGUAUCGCCGUAAUAGUCCAUGCAGUUAAAGGCGGUUUGAUUUUUGGAAUCCCUUGGUUUCCCUUUGACCAUGAGAGUAAUUUACCAGGUAUAAGCCGAGUCGCUGCCCAUUUUCGAAUCAUGAACAGACACUUUGUUUCUGAAUUAUCGGAUCCAACUUCGAGUCAUCAUCUUCAGUUAGUUGCUGAACUCAGGCAUUCGCUGGACGUGAUCUUCAUGGACAGUUCUCUAGUGAAUUAUUAUAAUGCAACGGAGGACUUCGAAUUUACGAAUGGCAGCGUCGUAGUGCAUUGUGUAGUGAUUCUAAAACGACCUUUGUCUGAUGGACCCCAAAGAGUUGGUUUCACUUUCGUUCGAGCUCUGGAAGAAGGGAAAGGUAUUCUACCUCCAGGAAUGCUUUACGUAGAUGUCCAUACUGUACGAUUCACAGCUCUUAAAAAGGAAAUUGAAGACAGUUCUCUGGAAGAUUUAGAUGAGAAUGCCUUAAGACCGUGGACCGAAUGGAGUUCGUGUACUAAAAACGGCACGUGUGACGGUACUCGUAUUCGUAUUCGCAAACGUCUUUGCAAAGGGGCUCAGAAUCUUUGUGUAAAACCAUCUGAAAUAGUUGAGACGAGACCCUGCAUUUGUCCUCUUCCUAUAUCAGCUUCUAAAUUGACAACCUCGUCUCUUCUUUUGCCAGGUGAGUGGUCGGAAUGGGGAUCAUGGAGCUCCUGUUCUACUUACCAGCAACUGUGCGAUCCACAACAAAUACAACGAAGGAAGAGAAAUUGUUUGGGUCAUGGUUCAACAACAUUACCCAGUGCAGUUUGCAUCCGUAAAACUGGAGAAAGCACAACUCAAAUUAGGCAUUGCAUUUGCAAGCACAAUGAUGACAGGUUCUCAAUAUAAUUUAUUUAUUAUUAA